AUGACUUUAGCAAGCAUUAGCAACGAAAGUGGAGAAACCAUCAUUGGUCAUCUUGUAGAAAGGUCCAAUGAUAAAAUCAUCCUCAUUGUUCAUGGCGAACAGGGCAAGUAUCCAUACAGUUUGACGAUAUCUCAGCGGUUGAUAUACAUCUUUUCGCUGACAAAUGAUAUAUCCACAGGACACAAAGAUGGUCUCUAUCAGACUGCUUUGGCAGAGAGAUUGCCAUUCUCUUCAUUUCGCUUCGAUCUAAGCGGCCAUGGAGAGAGCGAGGGAGAAUUCAAUUUCGGUCAUAUCGCUAAACACACAGCCGACAUUCAUGCUGUCGCUCGCCAUUUUGAAAAUCUUGGAUACGAGAUAUUUGCUAUCAUCGCUUAUGGAAGGGGAUCUUUGAGUGGACUGAAAUAUGCAACUACUUGUGAUAAACCUUUGGCUCAUUAUAUCAACAUUGCAGCACCCUUUGAAAACAAGGAGAUUGACGUUUCAGAGGAAGACAAGGUGUAUAAAAAGGGAGAAUUGGUUUCAAUCAAGAUCAACAAGAGUGAUAUCGAGCGCUUUCAUGAAUGGGAUAAUUCACACGUGGUUCGUAUGCCCAAAACAACCUGUGUUCAUACAAUCCAUGGCAUUCAAGAUGAGAUUGUGCCUGCAUCGCAUGCUGCCAUGUAUGCCAACAAAAUCUCCAAUCACACCUUGACGUUAGUGCCUGAUGCAGAUCACCAAUUCACCAAUCACCAUGACUUCUUGAUCGACACCAUCAUUGAUCAUUUCGACACACAUACCAAAGAUGCCUAUCAAAAGGCCCUACUGAUGGGACAGCAUGUCAGUGUAUGUAUUCCUCGUUGGAUCGAUAUUCCCGGUGUCAAGAAUUUCAGAGAUAUUGGCGGCUGGCCACUCAAGGACGGCAGUGGAUACAUCCGAGAGAGAAUUGUAUUCAGAUGCGGGCAUCUUGUAGAUAUCACACAAAAGGGCAUAGAAACACUCAAUAGAUUAAACGUGAUUGCAGCCUUUGAUUUUCGAUCUGAUCCCGAGAUAGAGAGACAAGGGGUCAUGCCUCAGGUCAAUGGAUUGACUCGUUACCCAUCUGCCAUGUUUACAGAGGCAGAUUAUUCUCCUGCUGCAUUGGCUAUUCGUUGGAAGGGUUAUUUUGAAGGAGCCACUGGUUUCCCUAAAGUGUAUGCAGUCAUCUUGAAAAAGGGAGCUCCUCAGUAUCGUAAAAUUUUCCUUCAUCUCAUCGAAAAUCAUUCUAUUACAUCUACAAAGUCGAUUAUCGUGCAUUGUACAGCUGGUAAAGAUAGAACUGGUAUCUUUGGUAUGCUACUGUUGGGUCUGUGUGGUGUGGAUGAUGAAGUGAUUGCGAAUGAAUAUGCUCUGAGUAAUCUAGGCUAUUGGGAACCCGAGCAUGAGUUGCAAAAGAAGGCCGACAUGCUCAAUGUCACUAUCAAGGAUAUGCGUAUGGUGAUGUCUGCACCCUACCUCGCCAUGAAGGAAACCAUCCGCCAACUCAAGGAAAAGUACGGAUCCAUUGAAGGCUAUGUCCGUGAAGAGUGCCAAUUGACCUCCAACGAGAUUCAAAGACUGCGAGACUUGAUGGUGGUGCCUAUUCGCUUUGAAGAGCGUCAAUUGUUUAGACCCAAGAUUUAA